AUGCGGAGAACAGUAGAUCAGUGUCCUGUCGAUAUCAUUCUAGGACGCCCCUUGACCGUUCUCGAGUGCGCUGACGAUGUUGUUAUAUUCGUUGAAAGCAGUACGAAACUUCAACAUGUUGUCAACCUCGUAUCGAAGCUGGCUGCAACCUAUGAACUACGUCUACGCCCUGAUAAAUGCAAGACCUGGAACAGUAAUCAGGGUGAAAGGGCAACCGAUAGAACUCGUCGAUGA